AAAGAAGAAGACUUUGAAGGUUAUGUCAGCGUAACCAAAACAAAGCUUCAUACACCCACACACACAAAAAUGUUCCUUAGUGGCCCCAUAAAGCGCAGUUUAACCUCGAUAAAAGGGGGCUCGGCCCUGUUUACGUCGUUCACCAAAAGACUCGGGUCCACCGAGCCCCCCUCGCCCCCUAAACUGGGAGGUUACGCACAGGCUUACGAGAAAUUCGAGGACAUCCAGAAACCGCCGGAGGAACCUCCGCAGACCUUCGCCAGUUUAUUAAGGCACUCCAAGUUCAUUGACCUGGGUGAUCCCGAAGGCAAAGUGGUCACCGGGAAGGUCUUUCAUGUGGUAGACGAUGACUUGUACAUAGACUUCGGUUGGAAGUUUCAUUGUGUGUGCCCCAGGCCUAAAAAGAAUUCCAGUAAUUAUGUGCGAGGGGCCAUAGUGAGGUUAAGGAUAAAGGAGCUCGAGUUGUCUUCGAAAUUCUUGGGUUAUGACAAGGAUCUGACCCUUUUGGAAGCGGACUGUCACCUGUUGGGUCUGGUGCAGGACAGGAGUAAGAGUUAAGGAGCGAAAUUGCAAUAAAUGAUUAGUUUUAUGUGAA